GCGGUGUGCGGUCCGCGCGCGGCGCUAUGCCUGCCCGGCACGUCUCGCGGGUCCGGACCUUGUACCGGCGCAUCCUGCUGCUGCACCGGGCUCUGCCCCCGGACCUCAAAGCGCUCGGCGACCAGUACGUGAAGGACGAGUUUAGGAGACACAAGACCGUUGGUUCUGACGAGGCCCAGCGUUUCUUGCAGGAAUGGGAGGUGUAUGCAGCAGUGCUGUGGCAGCAAGCUGAUGAAAACAGGCAAAAUUCAACUGAAAAAGCAUGUUUUGGAACAGCCCUACCAGAAGAAAAACUUAAUGACUUUCGUGAUGAACAAAUUGGACAGUUGCAGGAGCUGAUGCAAGAAGCCACUAAACCCAAUAGGCAAUUUAGUGUCACUGAGUCUAGGAAACCAAAACUUUAGUCUAUACAAUAAAGCUUAACAAAGCAUUUUCAGUUCUGAACCCCUUGAUUUAACUAUUAUUGUUUUUAAAAAUUUAUUUCUGGGGCUGGCCACGUGGCUCAGUGGUCAAAUGUGCGCGCUCUGCUGCUGGCAGCCUGGGUUCGGAUCCUGGGCGCGCACCCAUGCACCGCUUCUCCGGCCAUGCUGAGGCGGGGUCCCACAUACAGCAGCUAGCAGGAUGUGCAACUAUGACGUACAACUAUCUACUGGGGCUUUGAGGAGAAAAAGGGAAAAAAAGGAGGAGGAUUGGCAAUAGAUGUUAGCUCAGGGCCAGUCUUCCUCAGCAAAAAGAAGAGGGUUGGCAUGGAUGUUAGCUCAGGGCUGAUCUUCCUCACCAAAAAAACAAAAAAUGAUUCCUAAAAAAAAAAAAAAAAAUUUAUUUCUUCAGCUUUUAGGCUUUGAGAAUGCCUCGUGUUAAUGAAAUAUUCUUUUAUUUGGUGAUGUCAUGAAUGCUGUCUGCAAUAUAUAGAUCAGGAUCACUAGUGGGUGAAACUUUACGUUAUUGAAGUAACAGUACUUGCUGGAUGGAAUUUGAUUUUUGGACUAAAGAAAGAAUGGCUCUAAAAUGGACAAAAUUGUGGACUUUUGCCAAAAAAAUUUUUAUAUAUUAAUUUGUUUUUAAUGCUAUUAUUGUUCAAGCAUUAGCCUCAUAGCUUUAGGUUCAUCAGAUAAGUAUGCCAUGAUAAUGAUAGAUAUGGAAUUCCAACAAGGUUAUUAUUUAAAUACAUUGUCAUCUUGAAAGUUUUAUUAUUUCUACUUUAAAAAUACGUAUAUGAUUAUUCUCUUAAAUGUCCUUUCUCCCCUAGUCAUUGUUUAUUUACAAUGAAAGGAUAAAAAGAAGCUUUAAGAUUCAGUAUUAUACUACCAUUUGUGUAGUAGAUUAUACAAUGUAUAAUACAGUAUUUGUUAACAAAACAGAUUACCCCUUAAAUUAAAUAAUUUGUAAUUAC